AUUACAAAGAAAAUAUGAUAUGCAUUUAUGUUUCAGGGGAAGGAAUAGUCUAUGAGAGACGUUUCGGGUAACUAAAUUACGCACCACUGUGCUCAUGAAUGCAUCUUACUUUAAUUGUAAGCCUAUUCAAGUGUUUUAAGAGAAUAAUUGGUUUGGAAAGUUCUUGAACCAGCAGCAUAGGAAGUGGCCCCCAAGGGUGCCAUUGCUCUCCGGUGACAAGUGGACUGUUUUUACACCUUCCUUCUAAAUAAGGAAGCAGCCUGUCAGACAUAUGACCACCGACCCAAUUUGGGAGCUGCCAAAGUGUCCAUCAUGUUUCGCAGUUGCUUAACGCCACCCAAUGCGAUCUCUCCCUUCCUCGGUUUCACGGGCGCUGUGACAGUGUUCGGUUGAACUCUCCACAGACUUGGCACUGCAAUUCAGCGCCUCUUUUCUUGCUUGCUUGCAACUUCACUCUCCCCAUCCUCCGCCCUUGUAUUAUUCGAAGGGGCAGCAGUGAACUCAGCAUGAUGUAAUCUAGAGAUGCGAUAGCCUGGCAAGGUGAAACAGGGUUUUGGUGAGUGGUGUUCUCCACGGCCUGCGUUGCCCACAGAGAGAGGGAGGCGCGGGGCUGCAAAACAUGGUAAUCAUCACCGCCACCAUCUCAAGCACUGCCACGCGCAAUCCCAUUUCUACUCCUCUGCAUUGGGGCUGUCGUCUCAUGCCCAGACCCCUGAUCAGCUUUCCAAAAAUAAUCCUCUGCCAGCAUGCCGAAGGAAGAAAAACAAGAAGAGUGGUAUUUUUAGGGCCAUUCAUUUUGACCACGUGCCCCGAAGGUAAACCGGAUGGCCAUUGCGCAAAGGUUCCUCAUCAGUAUGUCCUACGAGGCCAGCACGCACUGGACGUUGACUGCGAUUGUUCUCUUGGGGUUCAUAGUAGGGAUUGUGUCAUCAUAUCCUAUUCCGAGCAGGACAAAUGCAACGUUAUUGGAGAAAAGAUGGGAGACCCUCUUCUCCCGCUCCAUUCUGGGCAUCUCGGGGGAGAAAUCGGACCUGAACUGGGAGAGUGACUAUUUGCUAGGUAUCAAAAGAGUCCGGAGGCUCUACUGCAACGCGGGUAUCGGGUUUCACCUCCAGGUCCUCCCAGACGGGAGGAUAAAUGGUGUACAUAAUGAAAACCAGUACAGUCUAAUAGAGAUCUCAACGGUAAAGCGAGGAGUGGUUAGCUUGUAUGGGGUAAGGAGUGAGCUGUUUGUCGCAAUGAAUAGCCGAGGAAGGUUAUACGGAACGACAGUCUUCCAUGAUGAAUGCAAGUUCAGAGAGAGCAUGCUGCCAAACAACUACAACGCCUAUGAGUCUUCCGUUUACAGAGGCUCCUACAUUGCUCUCAACAAGCAUGGCCGUCUGAAGAGAGGCAAAAAGGCCACCACUGCCAUGACUGUCACACACUUCCUCCCCAGAAUAUGAGCAAAACUGGCAAUAACUCACUUAUUUGCACAUGUGGAUUGUUUUCCAGGUAACAUUAUACUGUAUACACGCAUACACCAAUACAAAUGGACUGCAAAAGAAAGAAAUACCACUAUAUAUGAUGGUAUUUAUUCAGUCUUUUAUAUGUACAUUUCGUUAGCUUACUUUGUUUUACAACUUAUGGAUAUGCCAUUCUUUGCUGCUUGUUAUUUUAAUGAGUAUUAUAUAAGGGGUGGAGAAGCUUCGUCUGUCCCCUCCACUUGAUAUGGGUGCUUGCCAUAUCUGGUGGAGACCUUGCCCUGUCAGUGGAUGACAGCUCAGUCUCUAGAAGUGAAAUGGAUACUUUUCAUUUACCUCAAAGCGCCACGUCACCGAAUGGAAAAAAAUGUGUGCAUGAAAUUUCUACUGAGAAGAAUGCCUGUUUACUUUGAACUUUUGUCGUUAUCAAUCAAGGACUAGACAUUUUCCAUCCUCUGUGUCAACAUUAUACCAUUGUAUAGUAAGGGUAACUAGAGCACUUGUUUGUUUCCUUGCUUUAUGAUGAGAUGGUGUGUGCCUUUGAUUCCCACUUGAGAGCCCCUUCCCUUGCAUGCGAGAAAUGCGCCCCUCAGUCAGAAAUAGGGAUGACACGCAGGUCAUCACUAACCUCAUACACUCCGGGGGGCUUUAGCCCGAUUCCUAAAGGCCCACAAGUAUCUUCAGUUUCUUUUCAGAAUAACGUCAAUCAAGUAAUUGAGACUCUAAUUGAGACUGUGUCCGAGCUCAUAGCCAUUGAUGUGGAAAGCUAGAGCUGGAGACCCACCAUCCUAGGGGGCUUGACAAUCCUGGCUUUUAUGAGGCUAGAUGGUUUUAUGAGGCUAAGUGCAUGAUGGCUAGAUGGUCAGACCAGAAUGAAAUGUGUGUAUGUGCCUGGUCUUGGACUAAAGGGAGCCUGCUGUAGAAAUCAAACAGUUUGAUUCCUUUUGAAACUGAUGAGGGUUGAAACCUUAACUUGUGCGCUGGUUCGAUGUCUGUUGUUGCACUUACAGUAUCUCCAUUUCUGCAGUAAAUGUUGAGCUGCAUAAAUAUAGCUUGUUUUCACAUUCACUCUGGAAAUGAGGGUCAGCUACAUUAAUUUGAAGUAAUGUGAAUAUUACAUAGAAUUUUUUUUGAGAGAUCUUGCUUAUUUCACGCAACUGAGAUUUGCUAACAAUAUUUCAGGUAGCUAAUGCAAUCUGUAUUUUACAUAUAAUAUCUGAUAGUUAGAUCAUAACGAUUGUACUCAUAGGUACCUGUUUCUCUCUUUCAUUGCUUACAGCAGUUAUUAAGUUGUAAGGUCUUGUGUGAAAGAAAAACAGAAGCAAUGUCUCAAAGCAUUUCCCCAAAGGCUUACAGUAGUGAUGGUGGGCUUUGUGCAUUGAAGUCAAUGCUUGCUUGCUCUCCUCCUCGAAUACUGUACGUUUCCAUAGUGGAGCGAUAAACCCAUACAGUGCUGUACUGACAUGAAGAAGAGUACUUAUAUGGGACUGUGCAUGUGGUACCCAUUGUUCUUUUAACCUGCUAAGGAUGCAGAUCAUUUUGGACAAGCUACUCCCCAAAUACCCGAGCAGACCCCCCUUGUCCAGUGGACACUGUAAAAAAGCCUUUGUUCAACAAUGGCCAUGAGAUUCCAGAAGUAUCCUUCCUCUCCCAUCCGGAGCCCUUUUAGUCCAAGGUCAGAGUCAUAGACUUCUUUCACUGUGUCUAGGCACGUGAUGUUCAGGUUGACCCGGGGUUGACCCGGAUCUCUUUUCCCCUUUGACCUACGUUCGCUCUGUUAUUCCUUUAUUUAUUUGUGGUUGAUAUGUAGCUCGAAGGAAACCUUGCAUGAAUGACAUACAGUGAUUUUUAGGUGUAAGUGGUUUGAUGAUUCUGUACCUCUCUUUGACUGGUGGGCAAUGAGCAUGGAUUUAUUGGGAACGGAGUGGCAUAAUCUGAUUUAAAGACGGUUUAUCUUUGGUUAUUACAGUGCUAUAGGUAUGUUUGGUGCGUCAGAGUAAAAUCCAUAAGAUGUUGUCAUCGUUUACCUCUUUUAUAUUUACACCAGUUCAAUUCUUAUUCCAACACAGCAUUCAUCGGUAGCCAACUGUCAAAUGGAUUUGAGCUGGUACUUACCUCCCCCCCCAACUACUUGUAGUAGGAAGAGACAGGCUGCAGGCUCGAUGCAGGGUCUAGUUGAGAUGGAACACAGAAAGCAUCCAUUUGUACACCCAUCAUACUCUGUAUCUGCCACAGCAAAAGAGAAAGCAGAGGUGUUAUCAGAUCAAUUUACCUUGAGUCAGGAAUAAGAUGGAAUUGUCCUGCUGUGCAGUGCUAGCAAAGCACUACUUCCAACGAAGAUGGUAUACAAAGAGGAUGGCAAACAAAGAGGAUGGCAGACAAUGAAAAUAUGUAACACAAAGGCUGUUUUGGAUGUGGGCCGUUAUGAAGUUUUAUUCAGUCUUCCAGGUAGAGUUAUCUCUACAGAUAGCACCAGAUCAAGCCUACCUAUAUUGUCACAAUGUAACUGAAAAAUGUCUUGAGAAUGAUCUAUUCAGGAUUGUGGAAUGAAUGAAACAAGCUUUUCUACCGUUUUGCAUGUGUCUUUCUGGGAUGACGUAGCAGGAUUCAUGGUUUCAUUUAAUCUGGGUGGUGCAACAACAUCCUAUUGUAAUUAUCAUUCAUAUUUUUUGGGGCCGGUCUAUAUGGACAACAGGACACUAUCUGGACAACCUUGAGAUUUUGUAUGAAAAGCGCUAUAUAAAAUAAAUCUAUUAUUAUUAUUAUUAACAAGCAAAUACAUGAACUGAAAUAGAGAUAUUUGGAAGUGUGAGAAUUGUGCCUCAGUCAAAAUGGUUUCUUAUGUCAUAAAGAGCACCUAGUUUAGUGUACACCUGUUAGACCUUCACACAAGUCUUUGUACUAAAUGCAUUAAAGCUGCUCAAAGAGUGUUAGAUACGCAAAUGGUGUUCAAGCCUACAGUAGCUUACAAUGCAAUCCAUUGUGGGCUCUCCAACGUGUGCAAAGGUGGCGGUAGCGAGUCUGUGUGUGCCCUGUGUGUCUGCAGCCUUAGUUUGUGUUCUCACUCAGUUUUAUAUUCCUGUACUGAGGGGAGUGUGCAUCCUCUAAAUCCCCCUCGUCUUUUUUAACAUAUACCUUACCUUCUGCCUUAGUUCCGAUUUAUUGAAAUGAUUGUAAAUUAGUUUGAAAAACAGACUUCUCCAAUCAUUUGUUUCUGGGGGGAAAAAAAUAUGUUGACGAGUAAGAAUACUAAUAUAUAAAAAAUUGCUUUCCUUUUAUUUUUGUACGUAUGUGCUGUGCACAACAGUCAACUGUAUUCCUGCAAUAAUAAUUAAAACAUGUUUUAUAUUUGUU